CAAAGUUAGUCAGCAAGUUACAUAGCUCUUCCCCGCAUUCAGAUUCCUCAAGCCUGUUUUGUAUGACGCUCGACAAUGCGUUUCGCUGGACCUGGAGAAGAAACCAAGUCAUCUAUGUUUGGAACAACACAAGGGUCCAUGGAGGCACCUAGUUAGGAAGGCAUAGAUAAUCACUUCAGGCGAUGCUGGAGACCACCUUGUUAACAAGAACUACAGCAGCAAACUGCAUACAUCCCUGGAGGACUUUAGGUUGUUGCACCUGUGAGUCCUAUAGUUUCCAAACCUUAUAGAUUCCAAGAAGCAAACCUCGAAUCCAAAAUGCAGGAAGGUCAGUGUCGUUGACAUUUUCAUACAUGUCCGCUGAUCUGUGAAUCAUUUUAAUCCGAUCAAGCUGUUCUCCAGGUAUCGGUCGGCAUCCUAUAAUUAGACGCUCUUGCUUUGAUUGAGAGAGCAGACACGGACAGGUGAGUCUCUCUCACAGGUGUUUUUAAACCAUUUGACACACUAUCAGUGGACACAGAUGGAGUCCAUUCCACUUAUUAUGCGCCUUGUUAAGACAAUUUGCUGCACCUGAGCUAAGCGGAGUUUGUCAUGACAAUGGCGCCGAGCGCGAUGCAGUUCUUUUUAGGCCUUUAUAGUUCACCCGAAAUCAAAAUUCUGUCAUCAUUUACUUACUCUACUGUGUUUCUUGCGUAGAACUCAAAAGGAUACAUUUUGAAGAAUGUUCACGCUGCUCACGAAGUCAAAAUGGAUGGGGAAUGGAGCUGUCGAGAGCAUGAAUGUCACACUUGCAUCUUAGAACAGCUGAAGAAACGUGUGUGCAGUAACCGGAGCGGCCCGUGGGGACCUCGCAGAACAUCUUAUUCAUUACAGGCCAAACAAACAAAGAUGGAGUCUGACAGUGAAGAGAAUCGCAGCGAAACAUGUGAUGUUCUGCCUGACUGCAUCGCUGAGGCGCCCAGCUCGCAUCUCGGAGCGGCUAAAAAGCGGGCGUCGGCGGAAGGGGCCCGCGGGGCGCCAGUCAACAAGAGGAAAUCGCUCCUGAUGAAGCCCCGCCACUACAGUCCCAGUCCCUGCCCCAGCGAGGGGGACGGCGAAGAAGACCUGGCAAGCGCUCAGGACAAAGACGCGCCCAGGAACACUGACACUCCAGCAGAUGAAGACCUCAACGGCGGUGAUGUUCUGGAAGACGCUAUUUAUCACAACGCAAAGUCUCACCACUUGUUGUCUUGGUCAGAACAAACGAGUGAAGGUUCGCCAGACCUGGCGGCUCAGAUAUCCGAACACCAGAAUGAGCAAGAGGAGGAGGAACACAACCAGGACUUUGAAGACAAAAACCAAGAAGAGAUCAGAGCCAGUUAUCACCUGUCUCCAGACAGAGAGGCAGAUGAAGAAGAGUGGAGCUCCUCCGCCCUAACGAAGGUCAACGGGAUCCAUCACAGCCCCAGUCCGCCUGCGGACGACGCUCUUAUGAAGAGGCUCCGGAUCGGACAGCAGCUGCACGAAGACGCUCUUUCUGCUUACAUGAACCGAAACAGUGCAGGGAGCUUGAUGGAGGAGUAUGGCUCUGCGAGAGAGUUCAGCGAUAGUGAGGAGGAGCUCCAGACACCCAGGAUGGAGGAGCGAGGAGGCGUUUGGGGUCCAGGUCUGGUGGCCAGACGUCUGGAGCUGGACAGGGCCCGACUGAACCUCAGUCUUCUAGAGCAGGCCAUGGUGCUGCAGUCUGAACACAGACAGGUCCUCCACAGUGCCUACAAAGACAUGGACCGCUUCCUCCUGGAGCAGAUGAACCACGAACGGAGGCAGCAGAGGAUGCUGGAGAUAGACGCUCGGACCAUGUACCACAGCAGCAAAGAUUCUCCUCGGACGGAAAAGAAAGACAUCAAAUGUCCGACCCCGGGCUGUGACGGGACGGGUCAUGUGACGGGCCUCUACCCUCAUCACCGGAGUCUAUCAGGAUGUCCCCACAAAGUCAGAGUGCCCCCAGAGAUCCUCGCCAUGCACGAAAACGUCCUCAAGUGUCCGACACCUGGCUGUACAGGAAGAGGUCAUGUCAACAGUAACCGUAGCACGCAUAGAAGUCUCUCAGGCUGCCCGAUAGCUGCUGCUGAAAAGAUCUCCAAACCGCAGGAGGAUCCCGCAAAGUGCAGACAGACGGCAGAGAGGAUGACGAGACCUUUAGGAAACAUGAAGAAAUUUGACUUCACGUACAGAUUUGCACAUCCUAUGGCAGCGUUGCAGGCCAGCAUGGCCAAAGACAUGGACAAGUACACUAAAGGCCAUUUCGACUACGCCAGUUUUGACGCCCAGGUCUUUGGCAAGCAGGCUCAGAUGGCAUCCGACCAGAGUCACGAAUCUUCACACUUUCCUGACUCCGCUCAGUUCCCCUGUUUUCUGGGCUCCGGUGGUCGCAUGAUCAUGGCCGGAGACAACAGCCCGAGUCGCCAUAAAGCCCAAAGCAACGCCCUCCAGUCCAACAUCGCAUCCGCAGCCAUCCUCAACCUCUCCACCCGUUGCCGGGACAACGCCGAGGCCCUGCCCCCCAGCCGGCCCCUGGCAUCAUCCACAAAGGACUCGCUCAUUGAGGUAGACGAGAACGGAACGCUUGAUUUAAGUAUGAAGAAAAAGCGAGAAAAAGCAAGGGACUCUCCUGUGAUGCCGACAUUAGGAGACGCUCUUUUCACCCCACCUGAACCUUCUAUAGCCAAAGCAGCGGGUCUCCAGAUCUCCCCGGCCAUCUACCGCGUCCUCUACGAACAGAAUGCCUGGGACACGCCGCUGAAUUACAGCAAAACACCUGUGCAACAAGACAAAGAGAUGGAUCAGUUGGAUAAGGCGUCUCUUGAGGAUAAAGCGUACAAUGGAGAUGCAAACAUGGCAAAAAACAAGAUGCUCAUAAGAGACAGCAAGAAAGAGCUGAUGAGUUGUCCGACACCCGGUUGUGACGGCAGUGGUCAUGUGACAGGAAAUUAUGCGUCACAUAGAAGUGUAUCCGGUUGCCCAUUGGCCGAUAAGACCCUGAAAUCACUAAUGGCUGCUAAUUCUCAAGAGCUCAAGUGCCCAACUCCUGGCUGUGACGGCUCGGGUCAUGUGACAGGAAACUAUGCAUCUCAUAGGAGUCUGUCAGGUUGCCCUCGUGCCAGGAAGGGAAGCUUGAAGCUCACGCCAAGCAAAGAGGACAAAGAAGAGCCAGAGAUGAAGUGCCCAGUGGCAGGUUGUGACGGUCAGGGCCACGUGUCGGGUAAAUACACGUCGCAUCGCAGCGCAGGAAGUUGCCCCAUCGCCACCAAGCGGCAGAAGGAGAGCUCCGUGAACGGAUCUGCCUUCUCCUGGAAGAUCUGUAAACAGGAGCUUCCGCACUGCCCUCUGCCCGGCUGCAAUGGCUUGGGUCACGCCAACAACGUUUUCGUCACACACAGGAGUUUGUCAGGAUGUCCACUAAACGCCCAGAGUAUCAAGAAGAAACUCUCAGAUGAGGAGAUGAUGACCAUCAAACUCAAAACCAGCAGCGGUAUUGAAAACAACGAAGACAUGCAGCACUUGGAUCAUGAAAUAAAAGAGCUAAAUGAAUCCAAUCUGAAGAUAGAAGCAGAUAUGAUGCAGCUCCAGACACAGAUUUCAUCUAUGGAGUGCAACCUGAAGACUAUCGAGGAGGAGAAUAAAAUAAUCGAGCAGCACAACGACAGUCUGCUGAAGGAGUUAGCACGUCUCAGUCAAGCACUUAUCAACAGCCUCACAGAUAUCCAGCUGCCGCAAAUGGGUCCGAUAAACGAACAGAACUUCGAAGCGUACGUGAACACGUUGACGGAUAUGUACAACAAUUCAGAGCACGAGUAUUCACCCGAAUGCAAAGCCUUACUGGACAGCAUCAGACAGGCCAUCAAGGGCAUUCACGUAUAAGGCCGAACUCUCGUUCACAAGCGUUUGAUUGUCCGCAGAGGGCUGGCUUUGUCAUCUGUGCAAGAUAUGUGUCGUUUAAAACAACAACAACAACAACAACAACAACAACAACAACAACAACAACAACAAAAAAAGAGUAACUUCAUUCCAUGACAGAUUCAUUGCACUGAAAAUUACCAGCCACAUUUUUACAGCUCAAUGUUCCUUUUAGUGAGAUUUUACCUCCUUUUGCACUUAUUUAUUUCCUAUGGUUUGCUUGACUUUAUUCCGUAUUGUUCUUUUGUGUGUUAAUUAUAUUAUUGCUACAUAUGAUCUUUAUUCAUCGGUACUAUUUAUCUCACAGUAAUCUUAUUUAUUGAUUUAUUUAUUUAUUUAUUGCGACCAUUUUUGCUGCAACUCCAAAAUGCAAGGCCAAUCUUACAUAUUGUGAAUUUUAUUUUGCAUUUCUUGUACAAUAACUGGGAGUUCUAGUCGUUAUAUCACAAUGACUUUUUCCUUCAUAACUGAUGUCAAAUGUAAGAAUAGUCCACUUGCGCCACCUGUUGGUGAGCGGCCGUUAUUGGUCUAUCAGAGCCGUAUGCAUCCCUAAGUUAUUUUUUUAAUGUAGUUAAUGUACGCCACUUGAAUGACAUCAUUCGUUUUCAUGCAUAAAGUGAGCAAAAAGAAAAUAUUUUAUCCGAUUAGCUCUCCAAACGACUGUACAGCGAGUGUACAGCGAGCAAAAAAAAAAAUCAAAUCAGCAUCCACACACACACAAACACUCACACACAGACAAAAAACAAAAAAAAAAAAAAAAAAAAAAAAAAACAUAUUUCCGUUUCUGUUCAUAUGAACUGCCUUUGGUGUGCACAUCCAUGUGUGCAUAUAUGUGCCUAAAUGUAAAUGAGUACAUGGAAUAUGAUAUGUUUUGUGGUAGAGCAGUAUUACGUGAAUGGUGAUUCAUUUUAUUCUGCAGUAUAUUUAUUUUCUGAAUGAAAAGCCUCUAAACUCUGUUUACCUACUGUUUAUACGCCAUUUUAAGUAUGUAACGAUAUUCUUGUAAAAAAGUGUUUUACGAUCAGGCACAAUACGGUUUUUAUUCUUUUCCGUGAGACUGAACUCCUCAACCUUUGGCUUCUUUUGUGCGACAAACGGUGGGCUCUCAAAUAGGUUUUAUGGAUCUCAAAGCACUUCAUGUCUUCAAGCCACUAAAGUAUAGAAAUUGACAAUUUACAGCAAAAGCACGGCAAUAGAGAAUGAUCUUUCCAUUAUGACUGAAUCCACUUGAUUUUGCGUUUAAAUGCAUGGCCGAGGUCACCUCAGCAGAUCUAAGUGCUGUUAUUGCUGCGUUGCGAUCAUAAGCGGCCUCGUCGCAGCACUUUUAAAGCUUUCUCCAACACUAAACGUACCCUUUUGCACUUUUAUUCUGUUAUUUAGUGUUUAUUUUGAGCGUGAUCGGAUUAUCACGCCAAAGGAGUUUAACCUUAGGUUUACGUUGUCCAUUGAUGAUGUCAAAAAUUGUGUUUCACAGGUCACCCAGAGGGAAUAAAACACUAUAUUAUCUGACCAAAUGAGCAUAAUGAAUUGUAUUCUCAAUAAAGCAAAUCAGCUUUUCUUUUCGUUUUGUUCAAAUCCUAAAUUACUGUAUGAUUCAUGAGUAAUUCUGUUUAAAUUAUUUGUAAUUCCUAACUUUUAAUUUAUAAACCACAGAUUGUUUGCUCAGGAAGUUUUGUGAGGAAUAUUUAUUUUUUCCUUUUUGUAUUUGAUGUUUUGUAAUGUGAUAUGGAAUUUUUUGUGUAAAAGAAAAAAAUAGUAUAAUACACAGUACUGUAAAUGAUUUAGUUUGUUUUUGUUUUUAAAAAUGUUUUUUUUUUUUUUCAGUUCGAGUAGUUUGUAUAUCAGGAUUUCCUUACACUUUUAAAAUUUCAUAAGCAGUACUGCGCUGUGUUGUACAGUUUGUGUAUGGUAGAAAUAAACUAUUGAAAUGA